AUGAUGAUUAAAUCUCUAAUUUGGAAUAUUAGGUCUGUUAAUACUCAACAGGCUUUCCAGAGACUGGUCAUGUUACAAAGGCGAUAUAAAUGUUCUAUUGUAGCUCUAAUGGAACCAUUUCAGAACUGUAGACAUUUGCACAAGUAUAGAAGAAGAUUGGGAAUGGAGACUGCUUUUGCUAACUCUAAUGGUAAAAUAUGGGUAUUUGCAGAAGCUGCAGUACAAUGUGAGGUUAUAAUGGACACAGAGCAACAAAUUACCUUGAAGUUGUUUCAUCAAGAUAUUGGCAAAGACAUUCUUGCUACUUUUGUUUAUGCCAAAUGCAAUGAAGGGGAAAGAUUGGAAUUAUGGGAUAACUUAUACCAUUUGGCAAAUUCCAUGGAUUUGCCUUGGAUGGUAGGAGGUGAUUUCAACGUGAUUUUAGCAGAAGAGGAAAAAUUGGGUGGAUUGCCAGUCACAUUGGCUGAGUGUGAAGACUUUGCUUUUUGUAUCAAUUCUUGUGGUUUAUUUGAUAUGGGCUUUAAAGGCAGUCCAUUCACUUGGUGGAAUGGCAGGGCAGCAGAGGAUUGUAUCUUCAAAAGGCUGGAUAGAAUUGUGGUGAAUAUCCUCUUCCAAAAUAUUUUUCCACAAAUAGAGGUUGAGCACCUGUCUAAAACAGGAUCUGAUCAUGCCCCAUUGAUCGUAUCUCUUGGAGAAGAUGCUGUCAUCUGUAUAAAACCUUUUAGAUUUCUUAACUUCUGGGUUCAGCAUGAAACUUUUAAGGAGGUGGUAGCACAGAAUUGGAUCACUCAUUUUGUAGAUUCUCCCUUCAUGGCUUUCAAACAGAAGUUAAAAAACUUAAAGGGUGCUUUAGCUAGAUGGAGCAAGGAAACAUAUGGAGAUAUAUUUAAGCAGCUAGCUAUAAGGGAGGAAGUGGUAAGAAUAAAAGAUGCUUUGUUUGAAGAAGAGCCUAACAUUAUUAACAGGAUUGUUCUUCAAAAGGCUCAAGCUGAAAUGAAAAAAUACUUAAGCCUUGAAGAACAAUAUUGGAAACAGAAAGCAGGGUUCAAGUGGUAUACUGAAGGGGAUAGAAACACCAGCUUCUAUCACAAUUAUGUCAACGGAAAGAGAAAGAGAUUGCAUGUGGCUGGCAUAGAUGAUGGAGAUGGGAACUGGUUGGAUAAUAUGGAGAAUAUAAAAGAAGAAUCAGUAAGGUUUUACCAGAACCAAUUUUCUCAGGAAGGAGACUCAAAUAACUUUGAGAUUCUGAAUCAUGUGCCUUCUAUGAUCUCUUAUGAGCAAAAUAUGUCAUUGUGUGCAUAUCCUUCAAAGGAAGAAGUCAAACAGGCAGUUUUUGCUCUAAGUGGAGAUAGUGCAAGUGGACCAGAUGGGUUUACAGGUUUGUUUUAUCAGAAUUGUUGGGAGAUUGUAGGGAAUGAUGUGCAUGCUGUAGUAUUAUCUUUUUUUGAUGGUGCUGAACUUCCUAAAUCAAUUACUCAUACUAAUUUGGUUCUCAUACCUAAAAAGCAUCCUGUUAAGACCUUUUCAGAUAUGAGACCAAUUAGUUUGUCUAACUUUAUCAAUAAGGUAAUAUCUAGAGUGGUGCAUGGAAGAAUGGAAAAGAUAUUAUCAUCUUUGAUCUCGCCAAAUCAGUCGGGCUUUGUGAAAGGGAGGAGUAUUUUUGAGAAUAUUCUAUUAACUCAGGAGAUUAUUUCAGAUAUUAGAAUCCGGGGGAAGCCUGCUAAUGUAGUGAUAAAAUUGGAUAUGGCUAAAGCAUAUGAUAGGGUGUCUUGGAAGUAUUUAUUUCAUGUGCUGAGAUCUAUGGGCUUUGCAGAACACUUUAUAAACUUAAUUGGGAGAUUAAUCUCCAACAAUUGGUACUCUGUGUUACUUAAUGGCCAAGCAACAGGUUUUUUCAAGUCUACAAGGGGGGUAAAGCAAGGGGACCCUCUAUCCCCUACUUUAUUCCUUCUCUCAGCCGAGGUUCUAUCAAGGGCUUUGAACUCUGUGCUUGAUGAUACCAAUUAUGUUGGGUAUGGAAUGCCUAAGUGGUCUAACCCUUUAAACCACUUGGCAUAUGCAGAUGACACAAUUAUUUUUGCAUCAGCUCACCCACAUUCUUUGCAGAGGAUUAUGGAAGUAUUGAAUCAAUAUGAGCAGAUCUCAGGACAGCUAAUUAAUAAGGAGAAAAGCUCGUUCUAUAUGUAUUCAAAGGUUGGGAAUGAUCUAAUUCAGUUAGUAGAAGAUAAUACUGGUUUCCAAAAAAGGCAAUUUCCUUUUACUUACCUAGGAUGUCCCAUUUUUCACACUAGAAAGAAGAAAGAGUUUUAUGUUGAGUUGAUCAAGAAGAUAAAGGAAAGACUGCAUUCAUGGAAGGGUAAGCUUUUAUCAUUUGGGGGUAAGGCAGUAUUAAUAAAAAGUGUAUUGCAAUCCAUGCCUUUACAUUUGUUAUCAGUAGUGGCCCCCCCUAAGUGUGUGUUGAAUGAGAUUCACAAAAUUUUUGCUAGAUUCUUUUGGAGUAAUAAGGAAGAAGGAAGGAGUAGGCAUUGGGUUAAAUGGAAGGAUAUUUGUUUGCCAAUCACAGAAGGAGGACUGGGAUUUAAGUCAUUAUUUGAUGUAUCCAAUGCAUUAUUUGCCAAACUGUGGUGGAAAUUCAGGACUACAAAUUCUCUAUGGGCAAAGUACAUGUGGAACAAAUAUUGCAAAAAGGAAAUUCCUACACUAGUACAAUGGAAAAGAGGAACACAGGUAUGGAAGAAAAUGCUUGAAGCUAGGGAUAGUAUGGAACAUGAAAUUUGGUGGGAAAUCAAAGGGGGUUCUGUUAAUAUUUGGUAUGAAAAUUGGACCAAGUUGGGAGCGUUGCAUUAUGUGGUUCCCACUGAUUUUCCUACUAAUGAGAAUUUAGAGGAUGUGGCUGAUUUAAUUGAAGAAGGGGACUGGAAAGAACCUUUAUUGCAACAAUCUUUUCCAGCAGACAUAGUUGAGCAUAUCAAAUCUGAUAUAUAUAUUGAGAAGCUUCAUGGUGUAUGGGACAGACCUUGGUGGAUGCCAACAAGCACAGGGAAGUUUACAGUUAAUAGUGCUUGGGAAAUCUUGAGGCAUAAGGGGCAAGAACUGAAUGAUUGCAAAUAUUUGUGGAUUAAAGGAAUACCUUUUAAGAUUUCUUUCUUUCUGUGGAGGCUAUGGAAAGGGGUGAUUCCUACUGAUGAUAACUUAAUGAGGAUAAGGAUUCCAGUGGUUUCAAGAUGCUACUGUUGCAGAAUUCCACAUCAAGAAACCAUGGAACACUUAUUCUUAACUAGUAACUUUGCUGCAGGAGUUUGGAACAUUUUUUUGGAUGCAGCAGGAGUACAAGUUACUAGAGUGCAACUUCAUCAAACAAUAAGAAAUCUGUGGGCAGUGGCGUGUGAUGAAAAUGUUAAACCCAUAAUUCAAGCAUUGCCAGCAAUAAUUACUUGGGAAUUGUGGAAAAGGAGAAAUACUAUAAAGCAUGGAGGGAAGAUUAGCUUUAAGAGGGUGGUGCAUGAAGUGAAUAAUAAUCUAUAUUUUUUAACAAGGGUGAGAUACCCUUGGUUAGAAAAUUUACCUUUCUUAUGGCCUGAUCUUAUAUAUGGUCUGGAAAACAUUCAACCUCAUACCAUUACUAAGGUUGUUCAAUGGCAAUUACCUUAUGAUAGAUGGUUUAAAUGCAAUACAGAUGGGGCAUCUAGGGGGAACCCAGGUCCUAGUUCCUAUGGUUUUUGUGUGAGGAAUUGGAAAGGGGAUUUGAUAUAUGCUCAAUGUGCUGAGAUGGGGAACAGUACUAAUGUUGAAGCUGAAGCAAAAGCUAUAUUGGAGGGUCUAAAAUAUUGUGUAGAAAAGGAGAUUCAACCACUAGUUGUGGAGACUGAUUCAUUACUUCUUAAGAAUGUGGUGGAAGGAGUGUGGCGGAUACCAUGGUGCAUUAUUACAGAGGUGGAAAGGAUUCAGAAAAUGAUGGGGACUUUCAAUGUGAUAAUGCAUCAUGUUUACAGGGAGGGAAACAGCUUGGCAGAUUUUUUAACUAAUAUUGCUUUUGAUUUUGCAGGUACAUCAAAGGUUAACACAUUCUCUGAGUUACCUAGUGCAGGAAGGAAGAUACUCAACAUGGAAAAAAUGCAAAUUCCUAAUUUGAGGAUCAGAAAUGCAAAGAGAAGCAGACCCAAUGGACUACAAAUAUGA